AUGACUACUAUCCCCAGGCUGAAAGGCCUCACACUCUGGGGGGGCAGGAACGAAGUGGUGAGUCUCCCCCCGCCUGAUCGCUCGAGUUCGGUCCCUCAUCAGUGGACCGCGUUAUACCUCGUUUCUCGCCCGCUCCCUGACAAGGUCUCUGCCUUCCAGUUCGAUAUUACCAGCCACGAUCAGGAAUAUGGAAACCCCAAGAAUGGGCUCUGGUCCUGGUUCGAAGUCUCGAUUUUAGGCGCCUGGGCCGAAGAACCCGAUCCCAACUUGUUCCACGACUUGAGUGGCCCGGCCUACGUCCGAUCGAGUCCAGAGGAAUUUGGCGAGUGGAUUCAGGAGCAAGGGCUAUACUUCAAGAAUCUGCCCAUGGGCCAUGCCCAGUCGAGUGGAGAUAUCAGCACGACCCUGGUGAAGAAUAAUCUUCAUUUUCAAUGGCAGCAACAAGUCGUGACCUGGAAGCGAGGCGGGAAUGAAGAUGAGAAGAGCGCUGAGCACUUUCUGGACCUCAUCGAGGAAGGCGAUCGGCUGGUGAUCUGGGCAAGAGUACGGUUUCCAGGGUAG